CGGCGUCUCACCCGUUGCUGCCUCCUCUCUCUCUCUCUCUCUCUCUCUCUCUCUCCCACAUCUCCCUCUCCUCCUCGCUCACUAGCUGCCAUUUGUUGCCGCCCUCUCUGCUCUACCACAGCACCUUGUCUGACGGGACGGGCGUGCUCGCCGGUUCCUGACGGUCCCGCCCCGGCCGGCUGCCGGAAUCCGGCGCUGGCUGGCCGCGGCCGCGGGAGCUCCACUCGCCCUCGCCGCGGAAUAGGCGCGCGGGGAAUCCUAGAUCCGCGCGCCUGGCUUGCCGCUGCAUUGCAGCCGGCCGCAUCCAUGGGGACCAUCGCCAUCUCCACCGCGCUCAUUGCCAUUGGCCGCCACCGUCACUCGCCACUGCCGCUGCCCCUUCUUCUCCACGCCGCGCGACGUAGAGGGGGAUAACCCACGAACGACCGCGUCAUUUCCUCGCGUCUCCGCCAACCCCCGAUUCGGUGGUUGCCGGCUCCGUUCCGCCGACCAGUUCGGGCAACAAAGGCCGGUGCCUUUCUUCUGCGCCGCGCUCCUCCUGCCGUCGCAGCUUCCUUGGCGCGUUUGCGGGACAAGGGACCCUUUCGUCUGGAUUUUCUCGGUUGGACUCGCACCGCAAGCCUCUGCGACACAAACCUCGAUCUGGGAGGACGGUGUGAAUGAAAGGGGUUCAGGAUAGAAGGCACAAAACGAAGCAGGACCUCCAGGUUCUCGCCCCCUUCCCGGGAUGCCUGGGGAGGAUGAUCAACAUGUUCGACCUCAGCAAUGGUGUGGUUGCGACCAAGAUGCUCACGGAGAAGGCACAUAGAGAUGCAUACGUUUGCAGUUUCUCCUGCCGGGAGAGACCGGAGCAACACUUUCAAGAUGGCAAUUAACCCCCCAGCUCAGACUGAAGAUAAACAAAGAGAUAGUCAGGCAAGAAGGAGUUCACCUACUAAAAGAUCAAACUCACCUACUAAAAGAUCUGGUGGGACGCCGGUUAAGAUGCUUAUGGAACAGGACAUGUGGAAAGAAGGGGUGCCUGAUGAGGAGCCACUGAAUGUUGUUGCACGAUUAAUGGGUCUACAUGAUGCUCCGGUUCAACAAUCUAAUUUCGUAUUAGGAAGCCAAUUGGAUAAGGAAUAUCAGUCUGGCAGAUUUGAGGAGAACUACCGGAAUAUCAAGACGAAGAAGGAAAGCAAAUGCCAUCAAAACCGAAAAGCAGGACCACGCCAUCAGCAUCCAUGGAGUGGUUUUGGUGAUCAACCUUCAAGAAUCAAUAGCAGCCAGAGCAGGCUCCAAGGGAAUGAGCCUUGCUGUGAGAACAGAAUGUCACUUGUUCGUGAAAAAUUUGCUGAAGCUAAGCGUCUAGCCACAGAUGAGAAGCUUCUUCAUUCAAAGGAGUUCCAAGAUGCACUGCAGUUUUUAAGCUCAAAUAGAGACCUAUUCUUGGAGUUCCUUGAUGAGCCAAAUCCACUGUUAUCAAGCAACCGCUAUGAGUUCCAACCUGCUGCACCACCUUCUGAAGUAAAGCAAAUAACCAUACUGAAGCCAUCGGAACCAACAAAGAGAAGAGGCAGUGUUCUUGUGGGGAGACAACUAUUUUCAGAUGGAGAUGAAAUUGAACGUAACAGGUACAGACGUCAUCAGAGCUUAGAUGUUUCCCCAGCAAACUCAAAUUUGUCUGAGCCAACGAAAAUUGUAGUACUAAAGCCAGGGCUUGCAAAUUCUCAUGAUGCCAGAAUUGCAAGGUCUCCAUUAUCAUCUGCAGAAGAAAGCGAAGAUGAAAGUAUGAUGACAGUUGAUGAAACAGUAUCUUCAAGAAGGUUGGCAAAGGAGAUCACUUGGCAGAUGAAGAUGCGGCUCAAAGACAAGCAAGACGAAGAAAGCAUGCUAUCAUGUGAAUAUCCUGAUUUUUAUAUCGGAGAUGACUCUUUCAGUAAAUCGGAAGUUGAGAUUGCAAAAGAAAUGUCUGGUGAAACAAGUGAGGAUUUGGAGUUUGGCACUCCAACGUCUGGCCGUUCUUGGGAUUUUCUGAGCAGGAGUGGAAGUCCUUACUCUGCAUCAUGCUCUAGUCAGACAUCCCAUAGAAGGGAACCGUCAGUAGUUAGGGAAGGGAAGAAGAAGAUUUUAGAGAGAUUGUCUAUGGUAUCAUCAACAGUCAGUAGUGAGGAAGAAAUGGAAGGUCGUAGAAGUAUGGGCACACUAGGUGACAUGCUCACGAUUCAAAAAGUCAAGGUCAAGGAAGAAAUAGAGGGUGAAACACUGGAGAGCCAAGCAUCUGAGCUGGAAGCUGAAGAACCUUUCUCAUGUUUGCCAAGGUCUCGAUCUCUUCCAGUUUCUUUGUCAGGCGUCGAGUCAAAUGGUGUAGCCUCUGGCACUCAGGUAGCUCAAAAGGAAAGAAUCAGGAAGUCAUCAUCAUUUAGGGAAAAAGUUUCUAGCCUGUUCUAUAAAAAUAAGAAAUCAACUCGGGAGAAGGUAGAUCCACCUGCCAACAACAGACUCCAGCAUGGAGGUGCUGUGACUAAUGGUGAUGUGAGGGAAGGCUGGAACCAUCUUGUGCUAGACAAUUGUCAGAAACAAAAUAUUUGCCUUAAGACAGAUGAGAAGAACACUAUGCAAGGACUAGUGACUAGUUCUUGUCAUACUAACGGUACAGCUAACAUCCCUUCCAAGGAUAUUUCUUCUAUGUCAAGUCUUAGCACCCCAGGAAUCAUUGGUGACCCUCAGGACCAACCAAGUCCUGUAUCUGUACUAGACGGACCAUUUAUAUCUGAUACCAAUAGGAGGCUACUAUACUCAUGUGAAAAUUUCAUCGCUUCAUCCCCACAAGCUUUGUCGAGGUCUCCCCUUAUUGGAUCAUUUUCAUGGUCCCUAUCAUGGGAGGAUCCGCCGCUGGAAGUCAUGUCGCCGAAUUCUUUGAGACUCUCAAGGCUUUUCUCAAAGGCUGAUGAAGAUCUAGAUUCGCUAACGUUUAUCCAAAAGCUGGUCCACUCUUGUAGCAUGGAUAGAGAAGGCUGCAUAUUAGCUGAACCUUUGGACCCAAAAUUGCUUGAGCAGUUUUCAGAUUACCAAGAGGAGGGAGUUAAGUUGGGGAAAAGGCGGUCAAAACAGAGGCUUCUUUUUGACGCCGUAAAUGAAGCACUCACUGAGCUUGCUUCGAUGGCAGAACUGGCUGCAUACCCUUGGGGUAGAUCUUGCUCUUUGGAGCAAAGGGAUUGCAAGAAUGGUUCCAGUAGUUCAGCGGCUGAGGAAAUUUGGCGAGUCAUAAGAAACUGGUCGAUACUUGAGAAGUAUCCUCCGGGCGAAGCUAUUGAAAGAAAUAUAUUGCUGGAAAUGAUACUCAAGAGGGAGGUGGCAGAGGCUGCCAGCACUGACACGACUCGGUUAGAGAUAUUUGAGCUCAACACGACAGUUUGCACAAUGGUUUUGGAGGACCUGGUUGAGGAGACAUUAUUAGAUCUGACUAACAACUAGUGAGGUACCUCUGCCCUCUAACCAAUAAUUUUACCUCUGCUCCCUAGUGUUGGUGUUCAAGUGAUACUUGCUGCUGUAACUAUUUGUUCGUGUUACUUGCAGAAAUGUGAUGCCAUGUGCCUUUGCCUUGUUUGCGUUUCUCUUUAUCUCUUCUCUGAUAUUUGCCCUCUCUUGUAAUUAGUAAAUAGCUUUUCAUUUUUUUGGUAAUAAAAUUACGCCCAUGUUAUGUCUA